CUGGAGACAGUGGAGUUUGUGGGGGACUUUUACAAGUACUACAGCUACAAUAAUUUUACAAAAACAGAAGAGUGUUACAACGAUACAGAGUACUCCUGUGAAGUUUGUAAAGUGACAACCGUUCGAUAUCCUCACAAAUAUUCGCCUCUUCACUUUUAUCAGAAGAAAGCCAACUACUCAGACAAACUGAUCAAGAUGGUGAACAAGACAACAUUUGAGACAGUCACUUCAGGCUCAUACUUACUACAUUUAAAUAUUGUAAUGAUUGGAGAACAUAAUAAUCUUUCGGUCGGUAUACUUGUCAACUCAAACGCUGUUCUAGCUUGCCCUAAAGGAGGAUUAUUGCUUCCUUACGAGCCAGUAAAAAGAUAUAGACUGUGUAGCAUAGAUGGCGUUGUGAAUGUAAAGACUGGAGACUCCAUUCAGAUCCAUACAAUGGAGGAGAACAUGACAGUCAGAUUACAUCAGGUGUCUCUAUUUAAAAUGGUUUUGUUGCAUGCUACAAACUAAAAAGAUCUUCAGAACAGGCAUAAUAUACUCAGGCUCCUCAGUCGUUAGAAGUUUGUUUGGAAACAUUGCAUAGCAACGCACAUUUCCGCUUGUGAAGAAAGAGGUGAUAACGCUAGAAAUUAAAUAAAACAAAAAACAAGAGAGAAAGAGACUCUCAGACAGAGAGAGAGAGAACAAAUUGAAUUUAAACUUCUAAUGAGUGUAAAAAUUAAAUGUGAAAACAAACUUUUUAAUGACUGGAGAGUGGCAAUGAAAUAAAUCCUUCUUAUAUUUUGAAUUAAGAAAAUAUUACUUUUUGAAAUAAAGCAUUACUGGUCUGAUCAUUGAGUAGAUAGUAAGAUAUAUUUUAAAAUAUGAACUGUCUUGGAAAUGUCCAUGCUCUCAAUAGUGUUUUAAAUAUUUAUCUUAUAGUUUUGUUUAUAAGAAUCCUCCCCUACAGUUGUUGUUUAGUCCCUCUAGUGUAAACCAACAACAAAAGUUCCCAAAGCUUUGUCAACAAAUUCUUAAUUAAAUGAUCGAAGUCUAAGCUUUGUCAACAAAUUCUUAAUUAAAUGAUCGAAGUCUAAGCUUUGUCAACAAAUUCUUAAUUAAAUGAUCGAAGUCUAAGCUUUGUCAACAAAUUCUUAAUUAAAUGAUCGAAGUCUAAGUUUUGUCAACAAAUUCUUAAUUAAAUGAUCGAAGUCUAAGCUUUGUCAACAAAUUCUUAAUUAAAUGAUCGAAGUCUAAGCUUUGUCAACAAAUUCUUAAUUAAAUGAUCGAAGUCUAAGCUUUGUCAACAAAUUCUUAAUUAAAUGAUCGAAGUCUAAGCUUUGUCAACAAAUUCUUAAUUAAAUGAUCGAAGUCUCUGCUUGCAAAAAUGUGAAGUUUGUAAAUUUGUAUAAAAGAUUUGUGUGUGUCUCCGAGCAUUUUUUCUUUUGAAGCUGGCUAUUUGUCUAAUUAUUUUAUAUUCUAAUGAGUAGUAUCUUGUCGGCAACAUGUUCCUGUAAUGAACUGUAUGCUAGAUCUUUAGAUUCCUUUUUUUUAUUUUCUAAUGUAGGACCCUCUCUGUUUGUUUUAUAUACUUCCAUUGCAUUUUAUCUAGGCCUGUAUUUUAUCUUUGUUCUUUUCUGUAUUGUAUUAACUCAUCAUGUAGUCAUUGACAAUUUAUAAGCGUCUCUUUAUUUUGAAGUGGCUGACAGGUUUAAAGCUCUUUUGAAAGACCUUUUUAGGACCCCCUUGAGUCCACACAACUUUAAUAAGUACUUGAGAAACGAAAUGUAAAGGUGCUUGGUCGCUUUCUUUGUGCUGGCCACAUGACACGCUAGUUAACCACCGAUGAAUUGUACAGCAUUAGCCCCCAUAGGUUGUAAGGUCUGAAAAGAGUAGGCCUACCUUUUUUUUUUUACAACGCUUAUAUCAUGUCUGUCUGUCUGACCACAAAUGUGUACAUGUUGUUUCUCAUACACCCAUGUACAUGUUGUUUCUCCUACACCCAAUCUCGGAUCACGCUGAAAUUUUAUACAAUUAUUUUCCUGACAACGCACGAGUAAGUACAAAAAAAAUAUAAUUUAAUAAAAUACUUUGUUUGGUAUCUCAAACAAGGGAAAGAAAUAGUACUUGACUGAAGCGGUGGUAUAAGCUGAAUUAGUCCCCUUUAUAUUAGGCUGCCGUCCAGGGCAUAGUGAACACAAACGUUAAAUAGAAACAAUACAAUGCAAUACAAUCUUCAAGUUCAUAGACUCUUCGCUAGCAGAGUGGCUACCGCGUUGGCUCAAGAAGCUGAGAAAGUUUAAGUCCACAAGUUUAAUUUCAUGUCGUGCCCUUUUUUUAACAUUUAUUUUUAUAAAUGCUCUUUUUAUUGUUAGUCUAGAUGUAUUACAAAAUUUAGUUACAUGACUGAUCUAAACUAAUUGAUACAAGUACGCUAAAUAUAAGCUUUUUUUAAAAAGUUUUUUAUAAUGUUUUUCUUUAUUCAAAGAGGGAAAGCAAUAAUAAUUGCACAAAAAUUUGGCUACAAUUCUUGCUGGACUUGUUCUUACAAAAAAAUGUAUAUCUAUGUUAAUACUUCAAACCUUUUCUCAACAUUGUAUAUUCAUUAUUUUAUUCUGUAAAACUCUGUGUGUGUGUGUGUGUGUGUAAAUAAUGAACUUCAUAUUUUAUUGUAAAUGUGUACAGUUAUUUUUCAUUUGUGAAAUAAAAUACAGACAUUCUG